AUGCCUCCCAAGACGACGACCAAGGCGCCUAUGCGUCUUCCCCCGCUGCCCAAGCUGCGUGUCCGACACCCUAAUAAGACCGAAACCAACCCGUGCAUGGCCAUUAUGUCGUCGAUGUUGGGAUGCUGGGCCUCGUCAGGAUACAACAUGGCAGGCUGUGUUGGUCUUGAGCAGCAAUUGCGCAUGUGCAUGGACACAAAGAAACCCAAGGUCGAAAAGCGCAACACGAUCAACUACCACCUGUCGAGACUGUACCCCAAGAUUAUCGGUCCUCACAAGCGAAAGUAG